AUGGACUCUGCUGGCCAAGAUAUCAACCUGAAUUCUCCUAACAAAGGUCUGUUGUCCGACUCCAUGACGGAUGUCCCUGUUGACACGGCAGUGGCUGCCCAGACUCCAGCUGUCGAGGGUCUGACGGAAGCUGAGGAGGAGGAGUUGAGAGCCGAGCUCAUGAAGGUGGAAGAGGAAAUUGUCACUCUGCGCCAGGUCCUGGCGGCCAAGGAGAGGCGCUGCGGAGAGCUGAGGAGGAAACUGGGCCCCUCUGCUUCGGAGGGCCUGAGGCAGAGCCUGUCCAGGAGCUGGCGCGACGUGCAGGUCUCGAGCGCCUAUGUGAAAACGUCUGAGAAACUUGGAGAGUGGAAUGAGAGAAUGACCCAGUCGGACCUCUACAAGAGGACUCAAGAGACUCUCUCUCAGGCGGGACAGAAGACGUCAGCUGCCUUGUCCACCGUGGGCUCUGCCAUCAGCAGGAAGCUCGGGGACAUGAGGAAUUCUGCCACCUUCAAGUCACUUGAAGACCGAGUUGGGACCAUCAAGUCUAAGGUGGUGGGUGGCAAAGAGAAUGACAGUGACAGCUUCCCCUCCCCGACUGGGAGUGGCGACAAGCCCCUGCCCGACCACAUGCCCUUCUAA